CUUCGGGGCGCAAGGAAAAGAAGUGUAGUUACAUGAGCGGAAAAGGGGGCAAAAGCGUAAUGUAUCAUACGCAUCGGUUUGGUGUGCUCCAGCUAACCCACUCCUAAUUUCACCUCCUUCAAACCUGAUGCUGUUCCUUCCGUCCUAUGCGGGCUUCGUUUGACUUGCGCCUUCCUUCUCAACCGAUGGUGAGAUCCCUCGUGCCUACUUCACCGGGCCAAGAAUUGCAAAACCACUUCUUUUCUCCUUUCAUAUUACACGCUACCUCGACUCUACUUCCACACGCUGUCGGGCUGUUAUCCGCCACGCUGCCCUGCCGAGCGAGUGAUCGCUCGGAUGGUAGCCUGCACCUCUUCCUUCUGACCGUCCUCGUCAACCCCGGCCAAGUCCCACAUCGCCAUCAGCACUCUUCUGUUUGUCGAUAUCGAAGCAGAAUGCACCUCAAAGACAGCACCGAGGCCUUGGGCCGUUGUGAGGGCCAGCAAGAGCUGCUUGUGUUGCCAUCAAAGACAGGAACAGUGAGCGACAUACCUGGCGGAGAGAAGGCCAAGUCGGCAUCGCCUGUCAACCGAUCCGCAACAAGCACCCCCUUGAGAGAUCGCACGAACGACUGGCAUCUCGCUCACAUCAAGUCCACCGCACCGCUUCCCUCCUUCCAGAAGCUUCCUCCAUCCCCAACACCACAACACCCUCGCUUCACUGCCAACCGCCCACCAGUCACCUUCGAGCUCCCCUCCCUCCCCGACCUCCCCAACAUCCACCCACCCCCGGACCCCCCACAACAAAAACGCAUCGCCCGCACCAACCGCGUAGGCCAAACGGCCUACGGCGACCGCCCCAAGGACACCCCCGAGCUGCCCAAAGGCUGGUCCGACCAGCACGACCGCGCAAUCUGCUACCUCGACGUGCGCGGCUACGACCUCAAAGAUGCCAUCACCAAAAUGCGCGGCUACUUUCCCGAACUCAAGGGGCCGCUGUCGACUGCCAUGCUGGAUAAGCGGCUUCGCCAGCUGGAUCAGAAUCCUGAUGUUGGCUAUUGGGGGGAUGCGAUGAGGGAUGUGGAGGAUGCUGUUGCUGCUGGGUCGUUGGCGGCGGGGGGUGUGUCUCCUUUUGGGAAGGGGGGUCCGGUUGCGGCGAACAUGGUCGGUGCUGGAAAAGGGAGAGAGAAUGUGGUGGGGGAACGACCGAAGAUUAAGACGACGCUCUCUCGCUCACGUCUGCAGCCUCACGCUGCUGCAGCCAAGAAGCUGCUGGGAGUCGGUUGAGCGUGGCGUUUAUCCACACAACAAGUCACGGAGGGAAUGGAAGUAGGGCUGCUUGAUCAAUCGCCGAGAACGACCAUGCCAUGAUGCAGUACUUGAG